AUGAGAAAAAAUUUGAAAACAUACAGUAGACCAAUCGGAUUAUUGGUAUGUUUUGUUUUCGUAGUCUUCCUUCUUGUCAUUCGUAUUACACAUUCGCGAUCGUUAGAAGAUAGAUUAUAUGCAAUAAAAGGAACAGCAUCGUCAUCAUAUUCGCGUACAUCAUUAUUUUCUUCAAAUAAUGCAAAUGUAAAUUUAGAUCAAGAUAAUAAUUUAAAGGAUGUGACCAAUGAAACAACCUUUAAUAAUGAACUUCUUCAUCUUAACUCACAACGUUUAACUGUUAGUUAUUCAAUAUCAAAUGGAAGUAAAAAUUGA